CACAGCAUCCGGGCUAACGUGUCACUCUCUUCUCUCUUUUUCCUUCAUAAAGACUGUAGCAAAAGGUUGGAGACCGCCGGAGCUGUGGCACCUGGACGGGCGGAGAGAGAGAGAGAGAGAGAGAGAGAGAGAGAGAGAGAGAGCGGCUAUACGGCGCAGUUUGGACACCGAAAAGAAAAGAAGAGCAUCUCCGAUUUGUCUCAUUUCGCUGUGAAUAGAGGUAUGAAAUAGCCAAAAGGGGGUUGCGAACCAAUUCUGAUGGAAUCUGUGUGUUUACCCCCCAUGAUAGACUGAGAUCCGCACGGAGCUCCCCCCCCCCCCCCCCCUUGUGAUCCAGCCUGCGAUGACUUUCUGUGAUCGGGCACAACUUCCCGGACGAGCCCCCCGUUUUUCUUUCGACCUAGUUUUUCUCUUACCGGGACAUGCCGAUUCUAAAAAAAAUGAUCGAUAGAGAUUAAACCUCCACUCACAAGGCAACAACAACAACAACAAAAAAAGAGAGAGAGAGACUUCCUCACCCCUUGCGAGGGAUUUACACUUUCCUUCUCUCAUUCCGCUGAAAGAAGUGAGGGAACCGCUUGCUGCCUUUUGGUUUCCUCUCCUCGUCGCACCGGUUUCCUCUCCUUUGGCUCGGCCGCUAUUUGUGAUCUCUGCAUGAAAAGUCAAGCGGGAAGUCCUGCAGCAGCAUGCCGAGGAGAAAGCAGCAAGCACCGCGGCGGUCAGUAGCUUACGGACCUGAUGAUGAAUUUAAAGUGGAUAAGAUUGAUGAAGAGGAACAUCUGCAAGAUGAUGGCCUGUCCCUGGAUGGUCAAGAUGCAGACUACCUUCUUAAUGAUGAUGAGGACGCAGGAGAUACUUUUAGCUGCCAGAACUCUCCACUUAGCAAUGGCACUAACCCAGAUGCUGGGUACGCAUCUCCACUCAGCACCACCAGCGAUCAAAUGGUGGACCAUAAAACCACGCCCUCCUUCAGUGAUCAGGACAAAAUGAAGGAGAAGUUAGGGGACAGCACAGAGUCCAUUAACGGCCUCUCGCUACAGGACAGUCUGGCACAAAUGAAAGCCGUCUAUGCAAACCUGAUCUCCGAUGCUUCUUGGUCCAGCAUUGCUCUGGAUAUGCUUAAAAGUAAACAAGGGAACAAUUUCACAGCUAGCAAUGGAAAUGGAAGUAAUCAUAAAGGGAGCAAUGGAUUUCUGAAAAGUCACAGUCCAGGCAACAUCAGUGUGAAGAGCAGAUGUAGCAACAGCAAUGCUUCAGCCACCACUAAUAUUAACACCAGCAGUACUACCACCAGAACAGUAUCAAGCAACAGCAACAGUGGCACCAGUGUCAGCUCUGGCAGCACAGGAGGAUUAGCCUAUGAUUGGCACCAGGCAGCAUUGGCCAAAACCAUGCAGCAUACCCCAUACCAGCUCCUUCCUGAGCCAAGCCUGUUCAGCACAGUGCAACUUUACAGGCAAAACAAUAAGCUCUAUGGCCCGGUGUUUACGGGUGCCAGCAAGUUCAGGUGCAAGGACUGCAGCGGAGCCUAUGACACUCUGGUCGGCCUGACGGUGCAUAUGAAUGAAACGGGUCACUACCGUGAUGACAAUAAGGAUAAUGAGGAUGAUCGAAGCAAGAAGUGGUCCAAGCCACGUAAACGUUCUCUGAUGGAGAUGGAGGGCAAAGAAGAUGCCCAGAAAGUUCUUAAAUGCAUGUACUGUGGCCACUCAUUUGAAUCUCUUCAAGACUUAAGUGUCCACAUGAUUAAAACAAAACACUAUCAGAAAGUGCCUCUCAAAGAACCAAUGCCAGCCCUUGCCUCAAAGCUGGUACCCCCAACCAAAAAAAGAACAUUUCAAGACUUGAUGAUAUCCCCAAGUUCACCAGAUUCUGUCACACCUGGUAUACUUAUAGGAGAGUCUCCCAAAGACCAAAAAGUGGCCAAUCCUUAUGUCACUCCAAACAAUCGAUAUGGUUACCAAAAUGGUGCCAGUUAUACCUGGCAGUUUGAGGCACGAAAGGCACAAAUUCUCAAAUGUAUGGAAUGUGGAAGUUCACAUGACACCUUGCAACAACUCACAGCCCAUAUGAUGGUCACAGGACACUUUCUCAAAGUAACGCAUUCAGCCUCUAAAAAGGGUAAGCAGUUAGUUUUUGAUCCUGUGGUUGAGGAGAAAUUUCAGUCAAUUCCUCUGCCACCGACGACCACACGACUUCCAGCACCAAAUGAGAAGUCACAGCCUGAGUCCCCGUUGCAGCCUCCUAGCCCCGAGGAGGAAAGUGAAGAUCAUAAAGAUAAAGUGGCAGAGGACGAUGACAUGGAAGCUAGGGAGCCAGUGAAAAAAAUCAAGGAAGAGAAAGAAGAUCUUUCAGAAAAAGCUGGAAAAACUGGAAAGACCAGAUCUUACCAAUAUCUGAGAGAAGAAGACUUGGAAGAGGCGCCAAAAGGAGGCUUGGACAUCCUUAAGUCUCUAGAGAAUACAGUGUCAAGUGCAAUCAGUAAGGCCCAAACUGGCACACCAACCUGGGGUGGAUACCCCAGCAUUCAUGCCGCCUAUCAGCUCCAUGGAUCUAUAAAGUCAAGCUUUCCUUCCUGUACACAGGUUCAACCUUUGUUCAGCAGCAACAGUUUGAAGGUACUGUCCACUGACAUUGGCACUCUGAUUCAUUCACCAAACAGCCCUUCUCCACCUCCAAGUCAUAAGAGUAAUGUGCUGGCAAUGGAGGAGCUAGUUGAGAAAGUGACAGGAAAAACUUCAAUAAAAAAUGAAAAAGAAGAAAAUAUUGUAGAGAGUAAGUGCAGGUCUGCGAAGUCUCCAUUGCCAAAUACUAAAGACAAACAGGUUUCACCCAAGUCAGAUACUGUCUUAAAGGCAGUGAACAUUACUGCAGUAGAGGACCAGAUUGUGUCCAAAAGCAAGGGAGAGCAGACAGAGACUAAAUCAGAGGCACAGAUAAAGAGUGAAGUAAAUUCCCCAAAAAGGCCUGUAAGCAAUGGCUGCAACAACCUGAGUAUUAUCACAGAUCACUUGCCUGAACAACCCCUUGUCAAUCCUCUCAGUGCUUUGCAGUCUAUCAUGAACAACCACUUGGGGAAAGCUGCAAAAGUGGCAACACCCUUCACAGACCCAUUUGCAAUGCUGUAUAAGAUCAACAACAACUCUGCUCAGAUGAAGACAGCAGAGCCUGUAAGUCAGUACCACGAUGAUGAUGAUGAUGAUAAUCAGCCAAUGGACUUGACCAAAUCCAGAAACACCAAUGGAUGUAAACUUAAAGGUACCUCAACACCAAGCAGCAAUGGCAGUGUGAACAACAACAAACCAGCCUUCAAAAACUUCUCCCAGUCUUCAUCUUCUCCUCUGCGGGAGAAUGCUUUGAUGGAUAUUUCAGAUAUGGUCAAAAAUCUGACAGGCCAUCUGACACCAAAGUCUACGACCCCGUCUUCUGUAUCUGAAAAAUCAGACAUCGACGGCUUUGCUUUUGAGGACAGUUUGGAGGAGUUAUCACCCAUCCAGAGACGGAAAGGCAGACAGUCCAACUGGAACCCUCAGCACCUCCUGAUUCUUCAGGCUCAGUUUGCCUCUAGUCUAAGGGAAACUCCUGAGGGAAAGCUUGUGAUUACUGACUUGGGGCCCCAAGAACGGGUCCACAUCUGUAAAUUUACUGGACUCUCUAUGACCACUAUCUCUCAUUGGCUGGCCAAUGUAAAAUAUCAGUUAAAGCGGACAGGGAGCACAAAGUUCCUGAAAAACCUUGACUCUGGCCAACCAUUGUUUUUGUGCAGUGACUGUGCUUCCCAGUUUAGGACUCCCUCCUCCUACAUUCACCAUUUGGAGACCCAUCUUGGGUUUACCUUGAAGGACCUCUCUAAGCUUUCAAUAGAUUUGUUAGAGCAGCAAGCAGUCAGCAGAAUAGAGGACAAGACGUUCACUUUCUCUGGACUUUCUGAAGAAGAUACUGGCUCAAUAUAUCAGUGCAAACUGUGCAAUCGGACGUUUCUGAGCAAACAUGCAAUCAAAUUGCACCUUUGCAAGACACAUGGAAAGUCACCAGAAGACCAUCUUAUCUUUGUGAAAGAGGUGGAAAAGAUUGACAAACAAUGAAGUUAAAGCUGAUAGCAUGACAGUUUACUGUUGCACUAUAAGCUACAGUCUGUCAUAACAGGUAGUGCCACGACUCUAUAGGGUAUUGUUGUGUCACAUGUUGUAAUGAAAACAUGGUAGCUUUAAUACCACAUACUGUAAUAAUUGAGUUAUCCACAACUGACAGGACUGCAUUGCUGAGGCUUAAAGCUAUGUUGUAAAAGUUAACUUUU